AUGCCCGAGAAGGAGACGAAGAUAAAGACUUCCAUAACGAGCAAUCAAGAAAUCAUCGACAAUUUCAAUGGUGUUCGAUUCAAAUGGAGGCAAAUCACAAGACAGCUUGAAUCUAAACGUGUCGUUUACAACGGCCAAUCUUCGUCAACGCAGACAGAAAUUCGAUACUUCACGCUUUGUUUUCACAAGAAACACAAAGCGAUGGUGUUUGAUUCUUAUUUUCCUUUCGUUAUAAAGGAGUCUAAGAAUUUUAAGGACGAGAAAAAAACCCUCAAGAUUCACACAGUGAAUUCUGAUCAAAUGCGUAGAUAUUCAGGAGAUUGGUCAUGGAAUUCCGUAACUCUUGAUCAUCCAGCGAAUUUCGAUACAUUGGCAAUGGAUACAGAGAUGAAGAGAAUGGUCAUGGACGAUCUUGAACGAUUUGUGAGAAGAAAGGAGUUCUAUAGGAAAGUAGGAAAGGCUUGGAAACGAGGGUACUUGUUGUAUGGUCCUCCAGGGACAGGAAAAUCGAGCUUGAUCGCAGCGAUGGCAAAUUAUCUAAACUUUGAUAUAUAUGAUUUGGAGUUGACUGAUAUUCAUGCUAAUUCAGAGCUGAGGAAACUGUUGAUUGGCACUGCAAACAAGUCCAUUCUGGUAGUUGAGGAUAUUGAUUGUAGUCUUGAGCUUGAUGAUCGAAAAGCCGAAGAACGAGCAUUGAAGGUCCUUCGAUCAAGUAAAGCGAGCCAAGCUCAGACUGUCAAUAUUAUUCACCAAAAUAAACCGAACCAAGUGACACUGUCAGGGCUGCUUAAUUUCAUUGAUGGACUCUGGUCAAGCUGUGGCGACGAACGGAUUAUCAUUUUCACAACCAAUCAUAAAGAUCGAAUUGACCCAGCUUUGCUCCGCCCGGGCCGAAUGGAUGUGCACAUCCACAUGUCUUAUUGCACUCCUUGUGCCUUCAAGACUCUGUCAGAGAACUAUCUUGGAAUUUCAGACCACCCUCUCUUUGUUGAAGUUAAUGGUAUGUUGGAGAAGACAAAGGUGACCCCUGCAGAAGUUGGUGAGCAAUUGCUGAGAAAUGAGGAGCCUGAGGCUGCACUACAGGGCCUGAUUGAGUUCCUCCAUAAGAAGAAGAGAGAGAAUGAUGAAAUGGAAGCUAGAAAACUAAAAGAAGAGAAAGAUGAAGAAGAACUUGGGACACAGGAAUUAGUGGGGCAAACUUCCACAACACGUGAUUUGUCGUUUCGACUUAAUCAUUAAUCCUAAUUUGUUAACUUAAUUCACUGUCAGAUUGGCGGAGCGUUUGAACAUAUUGAACCGAAUCUACUAUUGAUCUUAUGAUAAUAAUCAUAUUUUCUUAACAAAUUAGAUCAAGUGAUUAGAUCAAAAUACUAUUAUGUGUUCAACAAUGGUGCAAUAAAAAGAUCAUAUUUGUGAGAGGUCGGGAGAGGCCUAAACCCUACCGUGAUUGUACUUCCUAGA